CUCGGUUUUCGUUGUUCUUCAAUUAUCCAUCCGGUCUUUUUUCUACAACAAAUUCCUUAUCCAUUCUCAGUUUUCAUCGAUUCCCAAGGCCAACCAAGAAAACCCAGACUCAAAAUGGCAAUGUCGAUGGCAAUUGCCACCGAUUGUGGAAGUAGUAGGUGGAGUAUGGCGUCUUUGAAAUCUGCUCUGCCGCGGCUAACUUCCACAGCUUCUUCCAUUAAGUUACCAUGUCGCCGCCGUGCUCCUCCGCCUGUCAAAUCGCCUCAGCUUGUUCGCUCUUUCACUGCUCUCUCCCCCGUUAACCCUCUCCAUUCCCUCGGUUUCUCUGGCCUCACCAGCUUUGAGCAAAAUUUCACCAUAAUUGAUAACGGUGGCCGAUUCUACGCAAUGCGGCAUGGCAGACGAGUGCCUAAGCUCAACAGGCCACCUGACCAGCGGCGUGCACUCCUGCGAGGCCUCACGACUCAGCUCCUUAAGUACGGUCGGAUCAAAACCACUCGGGCUAGGGCAAGCGCUGUGAGGAAGUAUGUAGACAAAAUGAUCACGUUGGCGAAAGAUGGUUCGCUUCACAAACGAAGGCAAGCUCUUGGCUUCAUUUAUGAGAAACAGAUCGUGCACGCGCUCUUUGCUGAGGUACCGGAGAGGUACGGUGAGAGAAAUGGUGGAUAUACAAGAAUUAUUCGAACCUUGCCUAGGCGAGGAGACAAUGCACCAAUGGCUUACAUUGAACUUGUAUAGGUGAGGUUCCUUGCAUGAUUCUAUGAACAUUGUUGCCUGUUUUGAUACUACAUUAAUGCUGCUGAACAUAAGUUUGUCUUGUAUGAAUGCUAGAUGGUGUUUUUGUUAAAUUUCAUACGAGCUUGAUUUUUUUCA